CAUCACAAAUCGAUUCCAGAACGCCUAUUUAAACCAAGUGGGUUGCGGUGAUGACCGGAAAGAUGCUGCCGCUUCGAUACCGUACGGGCGCAUAGUGCAUUGGCGGCAGGCAGUAGUUUAGGAAGAGUUUUAACGAUCAUCGCGCGCGUGGCUGGACAGUCUGGACGGUGAGGAGCAUGGAACAGUGGGGAAAGAUCGCGAUAGUGCUGAGUGUUUUUGGCUUCCUGAAGGACUUUCGUCCGAGUGAUCCGUUUGUGGUGCAGUUUUUGAACGGCUCGUGGCAUAACAUCUCCGCAGAGCAGAUCAACCAGCAAGUGUUUCCGGUGGGGACCUAUUCGUACGGGAUUCAGUUGGUGAUCACGUUUCUGAUCACGGACUAUUUUCGGUACAAGCCGUUGAUUAUCCUGUCGGGACUGGCCGGGGUCGGUUACUGGGGGUUGUUCGUUUGGACGAAGGAUUUGCCGUGGCUGCAGUUGGCCGAAGUGUUCUAUGGGACUUACAAGUCCGCUGAUGUGGCCUUUUGGUCCUACAUUUACGCGAGAGUGGAUAGAAGCUGCUAUCAGAAGAUUACAUCCUACACGAAGUCGUCGUCGCAGUUGGGGAAGUUUGUGGGUGCCGUUGGAGCGCAGGUCCUGUUGUUCUAUGGAUUGGUGGAUUACCUGGAUCUGAACUACGUCUCACUUGCAGUUCAACUAUGCACGACAGCCUUUGCCCUGUUUCUACCGGCCGCGCCGAAAAGUAUCUACUUCAACAGAUCUACUAAACCGAUCCCAUCGGAGAAUAACAACGUACCGGCGGAUCCAACGCCUCCACCAGUGCCACUCCCAAUAACCGAUGACAAAGCGAUAGCGAAGCUCACCGCCCUGGAACUGCUCUGGUUUCACGCAAAGUCUGCCUACAGUAAUUUCACCGUGCUGCGGUUCAGCAUUUGGUACGCCGUGGCCAGUUGCAUCUACUACCAGACGGUCCUGUACGUGCAGGUCCUGUGGAAGACCAUCAGCAACCGGGCCACCACGGAUGUGAUCCACUGGAACGGAGCGGUGGAAGCGGUGCUGACCAUUUCCGGUGCGGCCAUCACCUUCUUUGCGGGGUUCGUUCCGGCCAAGUUGCUGCACGUGCCGAAUGCCCUGUUGGGACUCAGCAUGAUUUCGUUUAUGCAGGGAGGGGUUUUGCUCAUUUCCGGGUUGACGCGAAACCUGUGGGUGGCUUAUGGGGCGCAUAUUGGGUAUUGCAUACUGCACGCUUUUACGAUCACCUUGUUGAGCUCGGAAAUAGCCAAGAACAUCUGUCGGGACAGUUUUGGGCUGGUGUUUGGGAUCAAUGCCAUGAUCGGAUCGGUGCUACAGUGUCUGCUGACUGUGGUUGUGGUGCAUUGCUCCACCAUCAAGGGCCAGUUUGUGGUUUAUGCGGGUGUUUGCGCCGGGAUGGGGGUCCUUUAUUGUGUGUUCCUUUUGGUAGAGUUGAAGAAGUGGUGGAAGAUUGUGUUCUAUAUGAUCAAAACGAAAUUCAGCCCACAGAAGAAAAUAGAUCUGGAUGGUAACAAAAAUCAUCAAAUUAUUUAGCUAGGAAUGAAUUAUCGUGAAACCAUGUGAUCCAGUAUAGUGAUUUUCGAACGAAGAAACUCGUGAUAGGUUAAGCCAUGCAACUUAUAAUUACGACAUAAUGUUAUAGAAUAUUCAAUAAUUCCUAAAGUAUCGACUUUGGGAAGAAAAUAGAACAAAUAAAUAUAGCUCAAACGUUUAAUCAUGAA